AACGAAAAAAAAAAAACAAAACACAAAUGUGGUCUUUGGGUGUUUGGUCCUUCGCCGUCUAAUUGCCUCUUCCCAAUUCGCAGCCAGCUUUGAACAACAGGAGAAGAAAGAAACAAAAAACAAAAAAAAGCCCUAAAUUUCUUCAAAGACCUUCAAUUUCAUCGGUUUAGAUUCCGAAAAGUUCGAUCCUUUUCGAACAUGGGUGGGGGCGAUCUAGCUUUGUCCGUUGCUGACAUCAGGAUGGAGAAUGAGCAGCCUGAUGACUUGGCUAGCGAUACCGUCGCUGAGAUCGAUGUGAGUGACGAAGAGAUUGAUGCAGAAGACUUAGAGAGACGUAUGUGGAAAGACCGAGUCAGGCUCAAAAGAAUCAAAGAGCGUCAAAAAGGAGAUUCUCAAGGACCUCAGGCGAAGGAGCCUCCCAAGAAGAUCUCUGACCAAGCGCAGAGGAAGAAGAUGUCUAGAGCACAAGACGGUAUACUCAAGUACAUGCUGAAGCUAAUGGAAGUCUGCAAAGUACGCGGCUUUGUGUACGGCAUCAUACCUGAAAAAGGUAAGCCGGUGAGCGGCUCCUCCGACAAUAUAAGAGCUUGGUGGAAAGAGAAGGUGAAGUUUGAUAAAAACGGUCCUGCAGCGAUUGCUAAAUACGAAGAGGAGUGUUUGGCGUUUGGGAAGUCAGACGGGAAUAGAAACUCGCAGUUUGUGCUUCAAGACUUGCAGGACGCUACUCUAGGGUCUUUGUUGUCUUCUUUGAUGCAGCAUUGUGAUCCUCCGCAGAGGAAGUAUCCGUUGGAGAAAGGGACGCCUCCUCCCUGGUGGCCGACGGGGAAGGAAGAGUGGUGGGUGAAGCUCGGCUUGCCGCAGAGCCAGAGUCCUCCUUACAGGAAGCCUCAUGAUCUCAAGAAGAUGUGGAAAGUUGGGGUGUUGACGGCUGUGAUUAACCAUAUGUCUCCUGAUAUUGCUAAGAUCAAGAGGCAUGUUCGUCAGUCUAAGUGUUUGCAGGACAAGAUGACGGCGAAAGAGAGCGCGAUUUGGUUGGCGGUUUUGAACCAGGAGGAGUCGCUUAUUCAGCAGCCGAGUAGUGAUAAUGGGACGUCUAAUGUAACUGAGACGCACCGGAGGGGGAAUAACGCUGACAGGAGGAAGACUGUGAUUAAUAGUGAUAGUGAUUAUGAUGUUGAUGGGACUGAGGAGGCUUCAGGCUCGGUUUCUUCUAAAGACAGUAGAAGAAAUCAAGUUCCAGCAGCCACUUCACAACAACCAGUAAGAGAUCAAGAUAAAGCUGGGAAACAUAAGAGAAGGAAAAGACCUAGAAUCAGAUCCGGAACUCUUAAUGUACAAGAUGAAGAACAAGUAGAAGCUGAAGGGAGAAAUGUUUUACCUGAUAUGAAUCAUGUUGAGGCUCCUAUGCUAGAUUAUAACAUCAACGGUACUACUAAUCACCAUGAGGAAGGUGUUUUAGAACCAAACAUCUCCUUAGGACCAGAAGAGAACGGUCUGGAACUGGUGGUUCCUGAGUUUGAUAGCAACUAUACUUAUCUUCCUCCUGUUGAUGGACAAGCUAUGAUGCCUGUAGACGAAAGACCAAUGCUUUACGGAGCAAACCCCAACCAGGAGCUGCAAUUUGGGUCAGGUUAUAACUACUAUAAUACUUCUGCAGUGUUUGUGCAUAAUCAGGAAGAAGACCUUAUCCAUACACAGAUAGAGAUGAACUCACAAGCACCGCCUCACAGCAACGGGUUCGAUGGCCAAGGAGGAGUACUUCAACCCCAUGGGAAUGAAGAGGUGGGUGUAGCAGGAAGAGAUAUGCCUCCUCAGUUUCAGAGUGACCAAGAUAAACUCUUGGACAGUAACAUCCUAUCUCCAUUCAAUGACUUGCCGUUUGAUAGCAGCACCUUUUACUCUGGGUUUGAUUCCUUUGGUGCAUUUGAUGAUGACUACUCAUGGUUUGGAGCUUAGUUUCUUAACAUUUUUUUGUUGGGAGGUUACAUGGUUCAAAGGAACAUGGCUAUAGUCUGGCUAGUACAGUUAUCAUUCUCUCUUUGCUAUAUUCUUGGUUUUUUUUCUUAGAUUUAUCCAUAUGAGAAACAAUUAUUUUCCUUUUGAAUAAUUUGCCAGACACUGCUUUUCCCGUUGUAAUGUUCUCUAGGGAAAGCAGUUAGUGUAUCUUUUGUAAACUAACAAUGUGAGUAAUUCAUCAAGUUAAGAGAAUAAUUAUCUUUGCUUGUUCAA